AUGGCGGCACCCCCACGAAUCCCCAGGUUGACGGACGUGGCGUGCAGCAUAUUCGUCCCCAUUGAAGAAGAUCUGCUCGCCCUGCCCGCCGAGUCCGAGGCAGACACGAGCCUCCAGGCCAGCGUCGACGCCAUCUACGCCCACGCCGAAAAAGUCAAGGCCAACAUCAUCAUGUACAUGAACCGCGAAAAGGAAGCCCUCUCCGCCGAGUACCACGCGAAGCGGGCCGCGGACCCCAAGAAGGGCGAGACGACCGCGCGGCCCUACGCGCCCGCAGACGAGGCUCUCAUGGUGGAAGCCAUGUGCAAGACUGCGGAUCCGUCCGUCGACUACGAGAUCAAGACGGCGGCCAACAUCCCGCGCCCGCGUGGGACGGUGCCCCGCAAGCCUGGGGAUGCCCUUAGGGAGCACUACAUAGUGCGGGUGAUGCAGUUGGCGGAGGCGGCGGUUCAGGAGCUAGAGGCGUAUGGGAGACAUGUAGAUUUGGUUGUGGACAGGUUCAAGGCGCGGACGAAGGAGGUUGAGGACAAGGCUUCGAGGGAGAGGGCUGCUGCGGAGGUUGGCGCGGAAGCGAUGGAUAUAGACUGA